AUCGAUUCUAUGAUAUUUAUUAUGUUAUGAAUGUGAUCUAAUUUAUAAUUUAUAGGUUCAGUAUAUCGUGUAGCAUCGUACCUAAUCUUCAAAGUCGUGUAAUCCUGAGGAGAGGAUCACCAGAGCUAAUUGUUAAUGUUCCUGAGGGGGCUGGAAGUCCUUGGCCAAUGUGAUAUGUAGUAUUUCCUGCAGGGUUGAUAUGUUGUCUCAUCUGAUCUCGUUAUGUCUGUUAUGUAUAUGUGAGGUACAAUACGCAAUCAUAGAUUCCCAUAUAAAUAGAUGCGAUGUUUGCUGUUGACAAACACUACCUCAUAGCUUAUGUAGAUUAAUUACCAGUCAUCAAAUUACGUAGGACGGAAAUUCACUACGCUUUAUUUCUUAAGUAUAAAAGCUUAGGACCUCGAUCUGCAUAACAUUCGUCGGAGAGAAGCUGCGUUGUCGAUCAAUAUUACCUCUUUGUUCCUUCCUACCCACUUUCCCGCCGGUCCCGUAUUGUCAAGUACGACUGCAGCUAGAACAUACCGAACUAGGUACUUUCUUCGAUUGACCAUCUUUGUUUCCGACUUAACAGAACUCUCUUCUCUUUCCUUCUUCAACUUCUCGCCCAAGAAGCCUCUUACCAAAACACAUCGUCAAGCAAGACCAUUUAUUCGACCGCAACUAUGCAGCUCGUCACAAUUAUCACUAGUUUAGUUGCAGCUGCAACAUGCGUCUCUGGUCGCGGAAGACCACCUCUAGCUAAGAGAGAAGUUGGUGGUAUCCUGAUCUGCAAUGGUGCAAAUGCUACGGGCCCUUGUCACUAUGAAGUGUAUUCUAUGGUAGAUUGCCACGACUUGCCUGAGAGCUUCGUCGGCAACACCAAGACAUUCGCUCCCGAUGGCGACGGAUUCUACUGCUGGCCUAGAGCAGGCUCAUGCGCAGAUAUCUGCACGUCGCCUACGGGUUGCACAUUCGGUACCCUCUCCUUCGACAAUCCCAAUAAAUGGGAUUUGUCUAAGAUAAAAUGGGACACCAUUCUUGGAUCUUUCGACUGUCAACAAAACAGAACAACAACAGCAUAAAAACGCCACAACAAAAUUAGAGGAGUCGAGAAAAUAGAAAAUCGGCGUAGAAAAAAAAUCGAAAAGAAAAUAAACGUUUAAUCGAGUUUCUCGUUUAUUAACGAGUUAUCAAACAGCGGAGUCCACUCGGGAUUCGGAGUUUCUUGGUAUUUCGAAAUCGCCAAUGACGUCGGUCUAGAC